UUCACUGAGACUGCACCGGAGAUGCAGAUAGCUACCUUCAGUCCACCUUCUCUAUCUGAAGAGAGAACAGGGACCCUGAGGAGUUUUCUUGUCUGGACUUGGAUUCUUUUCCCAGGCUGUUGGUCUCUGACCGGUCCUGGGGAGGUGAGCGGCCCCUUGGGCGGGUCGGUGUCUGUGCAGUGUCAGUACAAUGAGAGGUCCCAGAACUAUAUGAAAUACUGGUGCAGAGGAGAAGAGUGGUUAUCCUGCUCCAUAGCUGUUCAGACCACCAGUGCAGAGGCCGAGGUGACGCGGGGCAGAGUCUCCAUCCAAGACAAUCGCAUACAGGGCAUGUUCACUGUGACUAUGGAGAGCCUGGCACUGGGCGACCAGGAUGUUUACUGGUGUGGGAUAGAGAUGGUCGGCUUUGACAAGAUGUUUGCUGUCAAUGUGUCUGUUUUCCCAGUUGUUCCUACCUCACCACUGACGACACCAAAAAAGGACAUGACCGUUGCCACCUCCCCAUGGACUGUUCCUGAAGUGGAAAAAUCCACCUCCUCCUUUAACAGUAAUCAUGCUCCUACUGGAUUUCCAAGCACUUUACAAAGGAGUAUACAACUUUCGUCUAUCCUCUACACCCUGAUCCCAUCCAUCCUGCUGGUUCUACUUUUGAUUUUGUUCAUUGCUGUAAAGUUUAGAAGAGCAUCGCAGAGGAGGAGAAAAGCCCUUGAGGACACACCAGGACAAAAGGAUAAGAACUUCUUCUCUAUGACACGGUUAGCGCACCUCCCAUGUCUGUUUCAGAAUCCUGGGCACAAGCCUCCCUUCAGUGCAUCAGAUCCUGCUGCCAUGGGCCAGAUGGCAAUCUAUAUGAAUGAGCAGCACCUGCCCAGCUCAGCUGAUCCGGCGUCCGAGUAUGAAAGCAUGAUCCCACAGAGGAGUCAGGUUUCAGGACAGAGAAAAGCAGUUUUUUCUGGCCCACAGGACUGCUCGGCCACAGAUCAGCAGGACAUCUACGUCAAUAUGUACUCAAUCACACCCCAUCCCCCCAUGAUUUGUCAUCAAGCAAAGUGUGGGAGAAAAGCUGCAGGCUGAAGCCCUUCCUAUUCACGGGAUAUUUAGCAGGUCAUCCUUAUUUUCCUACUGUUCCAUGAAACUUCCAGACUGGCAUUCCCUCUGCCCUGCUUCUUCUGAGCAGCAAGAUGUGGUGGGGAGGUCCCACUUCCAGCACAAUUGUCUUCAGAAAUGUACUGGGGGCCAACAGCUACUACAGAGUACUUCUCCUUUCCUGGACAUCAGCUUGAAACUGCACAAAGUCUUGGUGGCUCCAGUUCCUGAAGGGCCAGAGGUAUUCCUCUGGUGCUCGUUGUGGCAUCUUUUUGCUGCAGCGCAACAUAAUUGCUCAUAAAACUCACUUGGUGCAAAGGAGCUUGGUUCUGGGGACAGAACUUCAGGAUGAUGAGGCAACUCUUUGGCUGGAGGUGAUAUGGGGAACAGAGCCUCAGGGAGGGUGCAGAAAUAACAAUGGGAAGACGAGGCAGAAGGAAACAGCUUUGUCCUUCAUUUCCCCAGCCAGCGUGGAGUUAAUUGUGAUGGAAUCUUUUUACCCCCAAUCCCAUGUUAGCACAGUGGCUGAGAACAAGAAGGGCAUAUGGAUUCCCCCAUUUUAUACAGGUUAUAGUGAAAAGAUUGAGAGCCCAUUCACAGAUGUUCUUUUUGGACAUCUUCCUCUUUGAUCCUAAAUACCCCGUGGGACACAUGUAAAGAAUUUGGACACAAGACCAAUAUCAUUCUGGAGCAUAGGAACAGAAGUGUUGUAUGAAAGACACGAGAGAUAAUGGUCUCACCCUAGACUUUCUAGCUUCAUCUCCACCAUGUGCACCACUAGGGUUCCUCGUACCAUCCACCCCCUAGCACCUCCAGUAACCCCACAUUGAGUCAUGAUGCUGGAGUGGUGGGAAGUGGGGAAUUGGCUCCUUCUCUCUAUUUUGCCCACAGGAACUCCACUCUUCUUUAAACUCUGCCGCCCAACACCUCCAUGAUAGCCCUCCUCCCUGCACAGCUCCCACCAGAUCUGCUCAGCUGCCCCAAUAUUACCAGCUCUCAUGGUUUUAGUGCAAGUGUCACAAUGUUCGCUGCUUUGUUUAAAGCCCCAACUCCUGGAUU